UGGCAGGGCUUACUCGCGGGCUGCGUGGGGCUCACCGAGCCCGGGAAUGCGGGUUUAGGGGAGUGGAAACGCGCAGUCUUAGGGCGGGGGCGGUCGGGUGCAGGAGAUGGCGGCGCGAUGGAGCAGCGAGAACGUGGUGGUGGAGUUCCGCGACUCCCAGGCAACUGCAAUGUCUGUGGACCGUCUUGGGCAGCAUGCUGUGCUUUCCGGCCGCCGAUUCUUAUACAUCGUUAAUCUAGAUGCCCCUUUCGAAGGUCAUCGAAAGAUCUCUCGCCAGAGCAAAUGGGACAUUGGAGCUGUGCAGUGGAACCCUCAUGACAGCUUCGCACACUAUUUUGCAGCUUCGAGUAACCAGCGCGUCGACCUUUAUAAGUGGAAAGAUGGCAGCGGGGAAGUUGGCACAACCUUACAAGGCCACACUCGGGUCAUCAGCGACUUGGACUGGGCCGUGUUUGAGCCAGAUCUCCUGGUUACCAGCUCCGUGGACACCUACAUCUACAUUUGGGAUAUCAAGUAAGAACAAUUAAAAGGCCAAACCACCAGGUUGUGGGAUGAUCUAGGACCUUUGUUUUAGAGAUCAGGGAUCUUAGUGUGGUUUCCCCUCGAUGCAGACUCUGAGUUGAGGAUACAUGGCAAGCACAUUGUUUAGGAGGUGACAGAAAUGCUGGUGGGGGAUGGAGAAGAGAGACAGGACUGGGAAGGCUACAGGUAGGGGGCGUGUUAUCCACUGUAGGUACCACUGUGAACAAGUGGCGCUUAUUCCUACUGGGGACUGCUAGGUGCUAGUGCAGAACUCCCUCCUCAGAGGUGUCCCACCCUCGAGGGCUAAGGAAGUGGGGGUGCCAUCCUCUGUCAGUCAUUGGUUGAAGCCUGCCCCCUGGGACCUCCCUUCCCUGGCACCUUGGGCCCGUCACAGAGGUGUGCAAAGCAGGCCUCAGCAAGCAGGGGAAUCCCUCUGGCAGAGAAACAGAGGUGCUGGUGUUUGGAAGUCAGGCGGAAGUUUAACUGAAGUGACAGGUGACAGUGGGGGGGGGUUGAUGGGUACAGACACACAUUGCUACAGCAGGCAGUGAGUGCUCGAAGGCCCAUCUGCUUUGCUCUUGGUGAGGCUUCCAUCCCCCGCCGGUAAGCGCCACUGAGAGCCACCUCUCAGGGUUACUCCUCCUGGAAGUGACGAGCGAAGGA